AGUUGACAGGUCUUCAUCGAAGAAGCAUCCGUCUUGUUUUGGGGGAUCCUAACAGAGCAGGGGAUUUGUGCAGAAGGGUCGCCCAGGGGGGCCCUGCCACUCCUCUGCGAUCUCUCGGCCUCCACAGCCUUGAGGAGCGAUGACCAGCGAGACCAUCCUUUCCAUAGAGCCUUUCCAAGUGCCGGUGAAUCCUGAUGGAACGUUCAAGUGUUUUGGUCAAGGGACGAGUGGGACUGUCACGCGGGCCAUUGACUCACGGACCGGGAACUACAUCGCGCUCAAGGCCAUUCCCGUGCAGCUAAGAGAGCAGGAUCGGGAGAACGUGAUACAGCAGUUGCAGAAUUUGUAUUCAUGCCAACAUCCGUGCGUUACUGAGUUCUUGGGAUGCGCGUUCUACCCUGCAAGGAGCUCAAUUCUAAUAGCAUGCGAGUACAUGGACCUCAAAUCGUUCAAAGACAUGAUGACACUCGGGGGGGCCUUUCCGGAGGAGGUUGUUGGAUACGCCAGCAGCCGGUUGCUAGACGCGCUGGUCUACUUGCAUCGCGAAAGGAAAAUGAUUCACAGAGAUAUUAAGCCCUCAAACUUACUCAUGAAUUCCAAGGGACAGGUCAAGAUAUGUGAUUUUGGUAUGUCGACUCAGUUGGCAAACACUCUUGAUCCUGCCCAUACCUGGGUUGGCUCUACUACUUACAUGUCUCCAGAAAGGAUAUCAGGGUUGCAGUAUGUGUGGAAUAGCGACAUCUGGAGUUUAGGCAUCUCAUUGGCGGAAGUCGCCACUGGAACCUUCCCUUACUCGGACCCUGGGAGGCGUUUGGAACUUGUUGAGCUGUUGGACAGAAUCGUUGAUGAAGACCCUCCCACCCUCCCGGAGACAUUUUCUCCUGAGUUUCGAGAUUUUGUAUCGCAGAUGCUCGUGAAGAGGGCUGAGCAGAGACCGCACGCUGAGAUGUUGAUCGGGCAUCCGUUCGUCGUCCUCCACGGCAACGCUGACAUCUCUCAGUGGUUGCAGCAGGCAGCCACCGCGAUGACGUCACAGUCUCCGUCGACCUAGCUAGCUGUUGGCUGGGUUGUGAGGAGCGUUGGAUGCGCUUGCACGAGCGUUUUGACCUCAUUUAUCUUUAAUUGUUAUUCAUUCUCUCAAACGAGCCUGACAAGGUCUUGUCCUCCCCAGCGAUC